GGGGGUUCUAAAAUCAAGGUACUCCCCUUGGACAUGCCCAAUCACUCACUAUGUGACAUCACCCUGCUGCAUGGGCGUUUAGACCAAUCAAAUGGAAGUAAACAGCUCCAAAAGUGAACGUUAUGAUACCCCCGCGAGCCCUCCCCUACCUUUGCCCCUGCACACACCGUGCUCCUGGAAGUUGUCAUGGAGAUAGACCCGUCCCAGGCGUCUGCUCUCGGGAUUGUUGCCAUGGAGAUCCCUACUCGAGGUGAGCUCUCGGCAGUGCAGGAGGACGAGAGCAGCACGCAGCUAGGGUUCGAGAAGCGAAUUCAGGACCUUGGAGAGCAGCGGCGCCAAGGACCCCCUUUCAGCCAAGGGAACUACUACAUGCUUAUAGUGAUAGGAGAGAUAGCGACAGACCACCAGCUGCAACGCGCUAGAGACCACGUUGAGCGGGGGAUUCGCUCCUGGGACAUCAGCCUCAAGUCAUGUGACCUGGACCAGCAGCUGCAGCUAUUUGUGACGCGCCACUCCGCCCAGUUCUCUGCAGAGGUCAGAGGACAAAGGACUCUCCACCACAAGAGUGAUACCCUAGAGACAGUCGUGUUAGUCAACCCCUCAGAGGAUACAGUUGCUUCAGAGAUCCAGUCUCUAGUCACAGACUCAGCAGGACACAAACUCCUGGUCCUGAGUGGGCAGAACUCAGACCACGGUGACCUGCUUCUCCAAAGUGGGGUUUUCACCUAUAAGAGCUUCUCACAAGUCUUUGCGCAUCCUGGGGUCAGUGAUUUGCUGGGCGAAGCAGCCCCCAAGCAGCGGGCCACACUCACUGUGUCCUGCCGAUCGGAGGUGGGUUGGAGCUCCCUGGGUCAGCAGCAGCACUUACGGGAGUUCCUUGAGUACAGACUGAACCCUGAGCCUGUGCUCCCCAAGAUGGAGGGAGUCACAGAGUUCACGGAGUACAUCUCCGAGACGGUGGAUGUGCCUUCUCCCUUUGACCUCCUGGAGCCGCCCACAUCUGGAGGCUUCCUGAAACUGUCCAGGCCCUGUUGUUACAUCUUCCCUGGGGGGAGGGGUGACUCGGCCCUGUUCGCGGUCAAUGGCUUCAACAUCCUAGUGGAUGGAGGCUCUGAACGGAAAUCAUGCUUCUGGAAGCUGGUCAGACACUUGGACCGCAUCGACUCAAUUCUACUCACUCACAUUGGUGCAGACAAUCUGCCAGGCAUCAACGGACUCCUUCAGAGGAAAAUAGCAGAGCAGGAGGAGGAGCAGUCACAAGGCUCAACCACCUACAGUGAUUGGAUGAAAAACCUGAUCUCGCCAGAGCUUGGUGUGAUCUUCUUCAAUGUACCCGAAAAGCUACGUAUGCCAGAAUCAAACCUAAAGGUCAAGCGCAGCAUCGAGGAGGCCUCCCUCACGUUGCAGUACCUCAACAAACUGGGAAUCAAGCCGGAGCCUCUCUGUAGACUGGUCAGCAACACUAUUGAGCCUUUCACUCUUUUUCAUAAGAUGGGGGUGGGCAAGUUAGACAUGUAUGUUCUGAACCCCGUCAAGGACAGUAAGGAGAUGCAGUUUCUCAUGCAGAAGUGGGCUGGUAACAGCAAGGCCAAAACAGGCGUUGUGCUCCCCAAUGGAAAAGAGGGAGAAAUAUCCGUACCUUACCUGACGUCAGUUACAGCAUUAGUCGUGUGGCUUCCUGCCAAUCCUGCCGAAAAGAUUGUCAGAGUGCUGUUCCCUGGAAACGCACCACAAAACAAAGUCCUGGAGGGACUAGAGAAAUUAAAGCACCUUGACUUCUUGCGAUACCCAGUAGCCACACAAAAAGACAUAGCCUCAGGGGCUCCUCCCUCUGUUGUAAAACAGACAAAGUUAAAGCAAAGGACAGACAGCAAAGAAAGUCUGAAAUCAUCUCCCAAGACUACAAAACCCCUUAAGAAAGAAGCAGAUGAUGAGGUAUCGGCAGUCACAGAGGCAAAGAGUGACUCUGUAAAGGAGAACAAGAUAGAGAAAAAGGAGAAGAAACUUAAAGAGAAUGAAAAACCCACAAAAAUAAUAAAAUCCAAGACUGAUGCACCAGAAAAGAAAAAACUAUUGAAGGAGAAAUCCUUGAAAAAACAUUCAAAGGAAAGGGCAUCCAAGAUGGAUGAGAAAAAAGAGAUCAAGAAAGUCAAGAAAGUUGACACAGCUAAAAAAGAAGAGAAAAAAGACCCCAAAGUUGACAAGAAAAAAGAUGCGUCUAAGUCAGAGUUGAGAAAGAUAACAAAACCUGAUUUAAAACCCCUCACACCAGAGGUCAGAAGGACCCUGCACAGGGCAAAAGUGUCAAGUAAACCCAAAACCGACAAAAGCAAAGGCAAAGCGGCCAAGGCAGAGCCGGCUGAACCCAAACCUGAGGAACCAGCAGCAGAGACCAUUCAACCUGAGCCACUACAGAAUGGGGGUGUUGAGGGCAUAUCUGCUUCCUCCACUCCAGAGGAUCUUACCAAGGACUUUGAGGAGUUAAAACAAGAUGAGAUAUCAUCAGAGCCACCAGAGAGUGCAGUGGAGACACCAGCAGAGGAAAGCAUGGCCGAAUCCCCUACCCAGGAGGAGGAGAAAGAACAGGAAACUGUCUCUAAAACUCCACCAGGCACAAAGUCUCCUGAGAAGGGAGUAGCCACAGCAAUGGAAGUUGAAACUGAAUCUCAAAGCAAAGAGGACAAAUUAACACAAGAGCAUAAAGAAGAAUUACAAGCAGAGGAAGUGGAACUAUAUGAGGAUGAGGGAGCUGCAGUUGAAGAUGAUGAAGAGGAAGAAAAAGAAGGCCCAAUUGCAGAGAGGAAAACAUUUCAGGAAGAGGAAGAUAUGGGGAUAGGGGAGGAAGAAGAUGAUGCAAAAGAUGAUGUGAAGGAUAAUGAACUAGACAGGAAACAUGAGGUGGAGGAAAUGGAGAAAGUUGAAAAGCCCACAGAUAUGGUGGUAACAAAAGAGGAAAGCAGAAGGCCUUCAUCCCAGGAGGAGGAACAGGAAGAAGAUGGACAUGUUGUUGAAAAGGCUGAGCUGGAAAAGGUAGAAGUUUUAGACAUGAUAGCAGAUGAAGAAGUCAAAAUCAAACCUGAAGCGGGAGAGAAAGACACAUUGGCCAAGAAUGGGGAAAGCAAAGCAGUUAAACAUACUCCUGGAGCUAAAGAGGAGGAUGAGGAAGAUGAAGAGGGCUACGUGUCAAAUGUGGGAGGCGCUAGAGUCGACACAGUGUCAACACUGCAAGGAACUGGUGCAGCCGAGCCCAUCUCCUUCAUUCAAGACGAAACCAUUCCCGGCAACUCCGAAACUGAACAGACCAUCUCUGAUGAGGAAGUUCACGAAGAGGCUGAUGACAGGAUACUAAACCUCCAAUACGAAGUGGGUACAUAUGACAUCUCUGUCCCAGAUCAGACAGGCUCCUUUGACACCAUCCAUGGGAUGAAGGAGAUGCAAGCAUCAGCUAUGGCUGAUGUAACAGCCAAAGGUUUCAUUUGUGGACAGGAGCAAGUAUCGGUAUUCACUAACAUCAUUGCUGCUCCCUUGGCUGAGGAGGAACAUGUUUCCUCAGCCACAUCCAUCACAGAGUAUGAUAAAUUGUCCUCCUUCCCCACCUCUAUUGCAGAGGACCAAUCAGUGGCCUCUGUCGCAACACCUCAGACUGAGGAAACAGGCAAAAGCUCUCUGCUUCUUGACACUGUUAAUAGCGUUCCCCUGGCAAUUCCAACGGAGGCCACACAUGGGAAAGAACAUUUACACUCUGCUGGGACCAUCUCACCAACAUCCUCCUUAGAGGAAGACAAGUACAUGAAGUCAGUUCCAUCCAAAGAGUGCCUGUCAGUUAUCUCUGAUUUGAAGACAGAGGCUAAGGUCAUCAAGACUCAUGAUGAAGAGGAGGAAGAAGAUCAGGACCAAACUCCUAACACUGAUAUUUCACUUGGGGAGAGCUAUGCCUCCCCUCAAAUGCUCCAGGAUAGAGAUAGGGAUGUGGAACAGCUCCCUGCUUCUGAGGCUCCUGUCUCCAAAAUUGUUCAGGAUUUGAAGCAGGAUCACCUACCAGUUGAGGAGGUACAACUCUUUAAGUCCAAAGAAGACAUCGUAACGGUGAUGCCUUCAAAACCCCUUUCACCCCCACCCUCUUUCUCAAAGCCUUUUAGGUCAGACUCAAUUACUUCGGAAGGUGAAGAGCGAUGCUGCAGUCCAGACGAUAGCACUGUGAAAAUGGCCUCUCCCACACAAUCCCCCCCCAGUGCAACCAGCUCUCCAACUCACUCUCCUCUUCAUCAGUCGCCUGUGGAGGAAAAGACCAAGGCCUUCCCAGGACUGGAGCAUCAAACACAGGAGGACCUUCAUGAUUCAGCCACCAAAACAGAAGAUAAGGAUGCAAAGAAAGAUCAAGCGGAAAAGGAAGAUAAAGUGGAUAAGAAUAAAAAAUUGGAUGCUGACAUCAAGAAAGUUGAGUCAGACACACUACCAUCUUUGGAGAAAUCAUUUCAAAAAGACUUGCCCAUUACAAAAGCAGAAGAAAAAUAUGGUCUCUCCCCUUCCAAAGAUGAGAUGCAAAAGGAACAGGAGACAACCCCUGUUACCUCUGAGUCAGUCACAGGCAAAGACGAAGCUUCCAUAUCAGGAAAGGAAUCUCUGACAGUAGACAUUUAUAGUGGAAAGGCUAUACUCAAAGACAGUGAUGAGAAAGAUGAUGACCAUCAACAGAAAGAAUCCAAAGUGUGCAGUAAGGCUAAAUUCCCAAAGGGGAAGGAGAGUAGUUUCUUAGAUUAUGACGAUGGUGAGGAUGAUGACGACGAUAAUGAUGAUAGUUCUGAUGUAAAACCCAUCAAACAGGACAUGAAGGAGAAAAAUACAGAAAAAAAUGACACACAUGAGACUAAAACUAUCAAGGAAGAGAAAGAGGAGAAAGAAAAACAAGACGUGUUUGAAGCUGAAACCAUCAAGGAAGAAAAGAAAGAAACAGAUAAAGUUGGUCCUAUUGAAGCUACUACUGAAGGUGAACCCAUCAAGGAAGAUAAAGAUGAGAAAAUGAAGGAAAAAUAUUACAUUCAUGAAGCUGAACCUAUCAAGGAAGAAAAGAAAGAAACAGAUAAAGUUGGUCCUACUGAAGCUACUACUGAAGGUGAACCCAUCAAGGAAGAUAAAGAUGAGAAAAUGAAGGAAAAAUAUUACAUUCAUGAAGCUGAACCCAUCAAGGAAGAAAAGAAAGAAACAGAUAAAGUUGGUACAACUGAAGCUACUACUGAAGCUGAGCCCAUCAAGGAAGAUAAAGAUGAGAAAGUGAAGAAAAAAUAUGACAUUCAUGAAGCUGACCCUAUCAAGGAAGAAAAGAAAGAAACAGAUAAAGUUGGUCCUACUGAAGCUACUACUGAAGCUGAACCCAUCAAGGAAGAGAAGAAAGGAACAGAAAAGGUUGGUACCACUGAAGCUGAACCCAUCAAGGAAGAUGAAAAACAUGACAUUCAUGAAGCUAAACCCAUCAAGGAAGAGAAGAAAGAAACAGAAAAGGUUGGUACAACUGAAGCUGAACCCAUCAAGGAAGAUAAAUAUGAGAAAGUGAAGGAAGAAGAUGACAUUCAUGAAGCUGAACCCAUCAAGGAAGAGAAGAAAGAAACAGAAAAGGUUGGUACAACUGAAGCUGAACCCAUCAAGGAAGAUAAAUAUGAGAAAGUGAAGGAAGAAGAUGACAUUCAUGAAGCUGAACCCAUCAAGGAAGAGAAGAAAGGAACAGAAAAGGUUGGUACCACUGAAGCUGAACCCAUCAAGGAAGAUAAAUAUGAGAAAGUGAAGGAAGAAGAUGACAUUCAUGAAGCUGAACCCAUCAAGGAAGAGAAGAAAGAAACAGAAAAGGUUGGUACCACUGAAGCUGAACCCAUCAAGGAAGAUAAAGAUGAGAAAGUGAAGGAAAAAGAUUACAUUCAUGAAGCUGAACCCAUCAAGGAAGAUAAAUAUGAGAAAGUGAAGGAAAAAGAUGACAUUCAUGAAGCUGAACCCAUCAAGGAAGAGAAGAAAGAAACAGAAAAGGUUGGUACCACUGAAGCUGAACCCAUCAAGGAAGAUGAAAAACAUGACAUUCAUGAAGCUAAACCCAUCAAGGAAGAGAAGAAAGAAACAGAAAAGGUUGGUACAACUGAAGCUGAACCCAUCAACGAAGAUAAAGAUGGGAAAAUGAAGGAAAAAGAUGACAUUCAUGAAGCUGAACACAUCAAGGAGGAGAAGAAAGAAACAGAAAAGGUUGGUACCACUGAAGCUGAACCCAUCAAAGAAGAUAAAGAUGAGAAAGUUAAGGAAAAAGAUUACAUUCAUGAAGCUGAACCCAUCAAGGAAGAGAAGAAAGAAUCAGAAAAGGUUGGUACCACUGAAGCUGAACCCAUCAAGGAAGAUGAAAAACAUGACAUUCAUGAAGCUAAACCCAUCAAGGAAGAGAAGAAAGAAACAGAAAAGGUUGGUACAACUGAAGCUGAACCCAUCAACGAAGAUAAAGAUGAAAAACAUGACAUUCAUGAAGCUAAACCCAUCAUGGAAGAGAAGAAAGAAACAGAAAAGGUUGGUACAACUGAAGCUGAACCCAUCAAGGAAGAUAAAGAUGGGAAAGUGAAGGAAAAAGAUGACAUUCAUGAAGUUGAACCCAUCAAGGAAGAGAAGAAAGAAACAGAAAAGGUUGGUACCACUGAAGCUGAACCCAUCAAGGAAGAUAAAGAUGAAAAACAUGACAUCCAUGAAGCUAAACCCAUCAAGGAAGAGAAGAAAGAAACAGAAAAGGUUGGUACAACUGAAGCUGAACCCAUCAAGGAAGAUAAAGAUGGGAAAGUGAAGGAAAAAGAUGACAUUCAUGAAGUUGAACCCAUCAAGGAAGAGAAGAAAGAAACAGAAAAGGUUGGUACCACUGAAGCUGAACCCAUCAAGGAAGAUAAAGAUGAAAAACAUGACAUCCAUGAAGCUAAACCCAUCAAGGAAGAGAAGAAAGAAACAGAAAAGGUUGGUACAACUGAAGCUGAACCCAUCAAGGAAGAUAAAGAUGGGAAAGUGAAGGAAAAAGAUGACAUUCAUGAAGUUGAACCCAUCAAGGAAGAGAAGAAAGAAACAGAAAAGGUUGGUACCACUGAAGCUGAACCCAUCAAGGAAGAUAAAGAUGAAAAACAUGACAUCCAUGAAGCUAAACUCAUCAAGGAAGAGAAGAAAGAAACAGAAAAGGUUGGUACAACUGAAGCUGAACCCAUCAAGGAAGAGAAGAAGGAAAAGGAGAAAGAGAAAGAUGAUACUUGUGGGGCUGAGCCCAUCAAGGAGGAGGAGAAUGAGAAGGAAAAAUAUGAUACUUUUGAGUCUGAACCUACAAAACAAGAAAAACAGAAAGAAAUAGAGAGUAUAGUCACUUCUAAAGACGAGCUAAGCCCUUGUAUCUCUACCUCUAAAGUGGAGCCAGCCUCAGACUCCACCACUACAGAAAAAAUAGAGCAAGAGAAAGAUAACUUUGUGGCUGAACCCAUGAAAGAUGAGAAGAAAGAGAAGGAUGAUACUUGUAAGACUGAUGCCAUCAAGGAGGAAUUGAUGGAGAGAGAACAUCCGCUUAAGUCUGAACCAAUGAAAGAAGAGGAAAGAGAAAAAGAGAGAGAUACUUUUGACAGUGAACCGACUAAAGGAGAGCACAGAGAGAAAGAAAAGGAUGAUACAUGUAUAGUGGAAUCCACCACGGGGGGCAAGAAAGAAAAAGAAAACAAUACAUUUUUUGAGAUUGAAGUCGAUCAGGAAGAGAGAAUAGAGAAAGAUGAUACUUAUGUGGCUGAAUUCAGUAAAGAACAGAAGAUGGAAAAGGAGCAAGAAAAAGAAGAUGGUGAUUUCGAAGACAUCAACGAUGAGAAAAGAGAGAAAGAUAGAGAUGAAAGUUAUGAAGCUGAACCCAUAAAAGGAGACGAAAGAGCAAAAGAAAGUGAAACAGCUGACACAGUCAAAGAUGAGAUGAGCGUGAAAGAGACAGGAAAAUAUGAUUCUCAUGAGAUUGAACCUACUAAAGAGGAGAAAUGGGAGAAAGAGAAAAAGGAGGUGCAAGAGAAAGAUCUAAAAGAGGCUUUACAACACAGCAUACAGACAACAAUGUUAGAAAAAGUAGGGGUGACUUCUGCGACAAAGCUUGAAUCUACAUUUCAGGUUCAGUACUCAGACGGAGAUGAGGAAGAUGAGGAGGAAGACGAAGAGGAAUCCAUUUGCAUGGGUGGUGCAGGCUCAAGACCUUUAUCAGUGGAACCUAGACAAUCAGAACACGAGAUCAUCUCUCAAGACCUGCUCUCAACUCAGUCAUCGGAGAAUGUGCUUAGUGACCAGAUGAAGGACAGCCACUCUGAACAGACCACUGGGCUUGUGUCUACAUUACCAAAAUGGGAGACCUCUCCUGAUAAAGACCUCAAAGAGCAGCAUAAAGAGCGACAACAUAGACUCUCCCCUGAACUAGAAAAGGACAUCAAGACAACUGAGAUCACAUCAGGACCCAGUCAAGAGUCCACCAUUGGUUUCCCUACCUUGAAAGAGGAGCCAGCCUCUGCUAUGCCUACCACCAAAGUAGAGCCAGCCUCUGACUCCACCACUACAGACAAACAGCCUAUAGGUUCAACAUUAUUAAGCACUGACAGCAAGGCCAGUGUGACGGAAUCCACCCAGCAUGAAACACUGCUGCUAUCUAUGACAACAAGCAAAGAAGCAUCAAAUACGGAUGAAAAGACAAAGCAUGUUUCUCCAAAAGAAGAUGAGAAACCAGGCAAGGAAGCUGAGAUGGAAAUUGAAAAAGAGCGGGAAGUUGCUUCCCCAGAGCAUACACAACCUUGCUCAUAUUUUGUCUUGGAUAAAGAUUCUGAGAAGGUUCCCGAGAAAGUGAGCCACGUCGAUGCUAAAAAAUCAGACAGUGCCUCUGAAAAAGUGAAAGGUUUUGACAAAAUAACAACAGAGAAGGAGACUGUCAGUGUGAGCUUGCAAGAGGAUCAGGGCUUUGACGUGUCUAAGUAUGAACCCUAUGAAAAGCCCAUUUCAAAAGAAAAGGAAUCAGACUAUAAAGAAGACCGUGAGGUUUCUAGAGAGUUUGAUUGGUCAACACAAAUUGGCAUUGAUGAUAAUAGGAACGUUAGCCAGGCAGAUGCUGGUGCAGCUGCAUUCUACUCAGAGGACGAGGAAAAAGAGGAACCGCUGUCAUUCAGCAGAGUUGAUUACACCCCUCCACCUUUCCCCAAGAGCGAGAGAAGUCUCCAUUGCAGCUCAAGUGCCUUCACUGAACACAAUGACAAAGAGAAAGGUCAAGAGGAAGUGAGUGAUAGGAAGGAGGGACAAUCUACACCACACGUGGAAAACAGCUUUAUGUAUACAGAGACUCAAGACAACAAAACCACCCCAGCAGCAGAGCCAUGCUCAUUUGCUUUCAGUCUCAAAGAAGAUAAACCUGAAAAGGUUGAGAAGGAUGAAAAGAAGGACAAGACUGGAGCAUCUCCCAGUGUAGAGGAGUAUUUACCAGUCCAGUCAGGCAGAAAGGAAACAGCCUCUCCCUCAUGGAGUCAAUCCAACAUCGAUGCCCAAGCCUCAGCUACAGUCAUGCCUUUUGAAGACAUCCCUGAGAAGCAGACCACAGAGAAAGAGAAAGAGAAGGAAAAAGAUGAGCCAGUGAAAGACUAUAUGGAUUCAUCUGAUAGUGAGAGAGGAGACUCUCCCUGUGGUCGCUACUCACCAACGGAAAAAGACAUGUUACCUCAUCAAGCUUUGCCUAAGGAAAAGGACAAUCAGGCCACUGCUGCCCCCUUGGCCGCAUAUUCAGGACAGCUCCUAGACGAUAAUGUUCUUGCAUCUGAGUGCAUUGAAAUUGGCAGCUCUAUCACCAGUAAAUCUACAAUGGGCUAUUCUGAGAGAGAAGGCACUCCGGACAGUGUAGAUAAGAGGCUACUGGUGGUGGGAGAGGAUUAUGAUGAUGAGGAAGAUGAUGCAGAAGAAGCCAAUGAUCUAGAUGUGGAGAAGGGCGCGAGAGAGCAGUCUGAAAAAGAAAUCUGUAAAUCUAUAUUGGAUGAUACCACUACUUCUAAACGUCCUGUGACAAAGGAAGAGGACAAGAAGACCCUCUCACCCGAACCUGAACCCAGCCUCCUCAAAAAAGAGGAACCUUCCCAUUCAAUGACCACAAGCAGCCCUCCACCAGCAGAUACUGCAGAUUCCCUUUUGAAGAAUGUAGUUGGGGCCUUGCCACUCCAGUCUGGCAGUUCCACUGCAAUAGAACAAACAGCAUCUGGAGGAUAUCCUUCUGAAUCCUCAGAGUAUUCCGAGGACAGCCAACUGGGGUUAAAGGAGGAGAGGUUUGACAGUCCUGACCCCUCUUUGCCCACCAAGUCCAGUGAAGAUAAACAUUACAGUCAGGGAGACAUUGAAGCUGACAGGCAGAGAACCCCAGAUACCACUAGUAGAAAACCUGAGGAAGAUCCUUCGUGUUACCUCUCAUCUGCCUCAGCUUUUCUAUCAACCAGCCACCAGUUGGGGGAGGAGUUAGAGACCCCUGUCAGAAUGUCUAGUGGCCCCUACAGGACAGAUUCUGAGGGUGCUUCCUUUGAGUAUUCUUCCUUCAAAGAUGAAGACUCCUCAGCCAUGCACUCAACCCUCUCAACCUCAGGGGUCAUGUUAAAGGAUGAGUACCUAGAGGCAUCUGAAAAGCUUACCUCAACAACCACAGCUACAUUCAGUCUGACAAAAGUCUUUCCAGUCUUAGCUACUCCAGCCAAAGACAUUACUGAACAAGACUCAUCAUCAAGCCCUGAGAUGGACAAGGGUCAAACCUCGGAUAACUUUCAUAAACUUGAGGGCAUUGUUGAAACCAAAACCAUAACGUCUGCUGGAGCUUCAGAACCACCAUGUUCCCAGCUGUCCAAACCCGCUGAAACCAUAUCCACUUCAAGGGCUUUCUUUGAGGUUUCCCCAUUGCAAAGAGCUGAUUCUUCUGACAGAGAAUCCCAGGGCUCAGUGGCCAGCAAAGAGUCCUACACUUGCAAAAUGGAGGACAGUACUCUUCCGUGCCGCAUUGAAUGCCAGAAAUUUGCAGUGACAGAGCAAGAAGAACGCAUGCUGUCCAUGGCUGAGACAUACAUGGUCACUAUCAACUCCAGUACAACCACAACAGUGUCCCAAUCUGAUGGGGCGACAAAACCACAGCAGUCAACUGAAGCCUCUUCCGACGGGGCUACUGAGGUUAGCACAAGUCCCCAAGAAGUCCUCAGUGGAGCUAGCAAAGCCUCUUGUGCCACCACAGCAGACCUGCCUAAAACAGAACAGGAAAAAGAGGAAAAAGAGACAAAGGAUGAGAAAGAUAAGAUGGUAAUGAAAGAGGAAGAAAUUAAGGAGAUCAAGGCAGAGACCCUAAAGGAGUACACAAAAAUGCCAGAGCAGAAGGAUAAGGAGGAGACAAAACAGAUGGAUGAGAAGAAAGAGGUGGCUGGAGAGAAGGAAAAGGUAGAGGAGGAGGAGAAAGUAGAGGAAAAUAAGUUGAAAGAGAAAGACGGGGAGGCAGAGGAGAAGAAAGACAAGACUGUUGAGAAGGAGAGUGAGAAAGAGAAUGAGAGGAAGGAGGGAGAGAAAGAGAAGAUAGAGGAUAAAAAAGCAGAGAAACAGGAAGAGAAGAUUGUCGAAAGAAGGAGGAGUAGCUUAUCUGACUGGGAACUCCUACAAGGGCCGGGCGCAUGCCCAAGUGCCCCUCCUCCAGGCUAUGAAGACGAGGAGGAAGAAGCGUAUGAAAUGGAAGAAGCAGAGGAAGAAUAUGUUAAAAAAGAAUGUGUAUCCACAGGCGAGCCCACCCCUCUGUCCACAGCAGAACAUGCCCACCAUACAAAGGCAUCUGCAAAAGCAGAUGGAGAAUCCAGUUGCCCCACUGACUUGCAUAUGGAGGCAACCUCCAUCUCCCCCCCUGGCUAUUCCUCAUGUGAAUUCAAACACCGCAAAGGGGAGAUCUCCCCAUCCUUCAUUAACCCCAGUCCACAUGCCCUCUCCAGCGAUGAUGGUGAAGAGGACAAAGAAAGCGACCACUCUCAGGAGGGGGAUGAAGAUGACCGUGAGCAACACUCGGUCAAGAGGAGGUCUCACAAGCAGAAGCGACAGCACAUUCAAAGUGGAGCUGCUGGAGCUGGAGUGGGAUCACACCCAGUUUCCAUGCCUCCUGGUGGCAUGGCAACUGGACUUGGGAUAGUGCUAGCUGGAGAGGAGACGCCCCCCACAUCAGCAAGUGACUCGUUGGCGUCCCAGUCGGACUCGGACGUACCUCCCGAGACCGAGGAGUGCCCGUCGAUAACCGCAGAGGGAAACCUGGACUCUGACGAAGAUGCAGAACACCUGCCGGUGGAUAAACUAUCAGCCUCCGCCACAGGAGGGGGCACCCAACCCCCUUCACCCAGAUCAGCUGCGAAGGCCCAUGACCCCCCCACCUGCCCCCAUGAAGGAUCCGCUCCCCCACCUGCCUCACCCUGAUGUGUGCAUGGUGGACCCAGAGGCCCUCCCUGACAACGAGAGCAGCACAGAGAAAAUGCUCAAGAAGGACCACAAGACCACCAAGAGCCUGCGGAAGGGCCUGGGCAAGCCUAAGUCUGCGUCCCCAGCCCGGAAGGGGAAACGAUCUACCACCCCUGUGAAGCAGGCCUCCAAGGAUUCCUCGCCUCGAUCGGCCUCUCUGAGGAGGAGGGACACGGAAAGGAGCUCCAGGCUGACGAGGAUGUCCGAGGGCCUGGGAUCCAAGGGGGACCUACACGCUCCAGGGAAAGG